UGUAUAGUGAUAAUAUAUUAUACAUCUUCUAUCAUCAUGCCAAGAAUAGAUCCUUUGAUAGUUGGUCGUGUGGUAGGAGAUGUUUUAGAUCCAUUCACAAGGUCUGUUGAUCUUAGAGUGGUUUACAAUAAUAGGGAAGUCAACAAUGCAUGUGGCUUGAAACCUUCUCAAAUUGUUACGCAACCUAGGGUUCAAAUUGGAGGGGAUGAUCUUCGCAACUUUUACACUCUGGUUAUGGUGGAUCCUGAUGCUCCAAGCCCAAGCAACCCUAACCUGAGGGAGUAUCUACACUG